AUGGCUGCAAAAGAAUACAAAGUGGUUGUGACAAACACCGUGUUGCUACCCUCGUUAGAUCACCAAUUGACUAUCCAAUCUACCGUACCCAUAACUUUUAAAGACAUGAACCGUCUUGCAGCAUCUACUCUCCGCCUCCGUUCAGCAGGCUUCUCUAUAUUUUAUAAAGCACAGCCAUCAAUAUUGUCAAACCCUAUCAUUAUGACAGGGUUGCGACAUUAUGCUUCAGGGGCAUUGGAUAAAGCUACUAUUGAAUAUAGGAUUUUAGAAAUUCUAAGAGGGUUUGAUAAAGUUCCCACUCAAAAG